AUGGCUCCUUUACUCACCAUGAGAACACAAUAUUACUUGAGAGCAGUAAUUGACUUCUAUUCAAUUUCAGAGAGAGCUGAAGCAGUAUUUUCUGAAAUAGAAAAGAAUAAUGAAUCCCAAGAAAUAAAACAUUUAUCUGAAGCCAAGGAUAUUGAAAACGUUCUCGAAAAAAUCGAUCAAAUAGUGGAUCUCGUUGAGAAAUCUCGAAAGAAAGGCAUCCUUACCACAGCAGAAGCUGAAGAAAAGUAUGACGAAAUUGUAGAUACAUUAGAAGAUUUAAUAGAAAUAAUAAAAAUACCGGAAAAUGCUCACACGUUUCUUACCAUAAAAGGCGUAGAAAAGAUUUUAUCUCUUAUUGUAGAGACGGGCUACGAGCGCUUAAAGAAGCAAGUUUUGAUUGUAAUCAAAACACUAUUUAACGUCGCACCUUCAACAACUACUUUACUAAUCCCAGUACCUGUAGUCGAUAAAUUACUAGAUAUCUUCGAGCAUGAUCCAAAUUUAGCUCUCAAAACUCACGCCAUUGAUAUUAUGUAUGUUUGGUUACCAAAUAACCCAAGAGUUCAAGCUCGUGUGAUGAAAGUAAAGGGAUUAGAACCUUUCUACGAUCAAGUCUCAAAAUUAGAUGCGUCUGUUAUUUAUACUUUGCUUGAUCUAUUUAAUACCAUUUUAGAAGAACACGUCAGAGCACGUAAUGAUACUUCAUUUAAGAGUCACUCAUUAGACAAGAAACUAUAUCAACAAAUAGGUCUUAUAGAAAGAAUGUCGACACCCCAAGUUUGCACUGGUCUACUAAAUAUUUUUGAGAUAAUUCUGCCUUUUAAAGAUAAAAAUGAACAAUUCACCAAAGUAAUAAUUGAAUUGAUGAAAAAUAUAAAACCUUUUUGCUUAAAAAUGUACCUUAACAAAAGUCGACCUUUGAGAAUAUUUAAAGCGCUUAAAAGUUACUUUGCUGACAAUAUGGGUGUGUUUGUUAAGCUAAGCUUUGAUUCGACAGAAGUGAUGAUGCUUUUAGAAGAAUACUCUAAGAAGUUAAAUGAUAAUGCUAGGGAUGAGUUUUAAACGUUAUAUUCAAUAAAGUAAACAAAACAUA